AUGUUGAUCGUCUGUUACGGAAUCACAGCCAAUCCGUUCCCCGGGACGGAGGGCACAACGGACAAGACUAGAGCUACACUAACUGGUUACCAAUAUUGCUCUCAGGUUUCAGCAGUCCUGAAGCGGACACAUGACUACAAGUACUUCAAUUAUACAACGGCCAAGGCAGUGUGCCAGGGUCAGGGUGGCAAACUACUUAGCCAAGAAACAUAUGAUCUUGGCUGUACGUCAGAACUGCUUCCUGUUAGCCAGGGUAUCUACAGUCGUGUCGCCUGGAUUGACACGAAUUCUCUUUUAAGUUAUGCCGAAACCACAAAGAGAACGACGGACGCAGUAAAGCCCUUCUGGCAAAGCGACAGGAAAGAACAACUAUUCGUUGUGUGCGAAUUCCCUUGUCGUCGUUCAGCUCAAGGUCAAGAUCACAUCCGUAGCAUAUCAGCGAGCGGUAUUGUCGCAUGUGAUCCCGGAUAUUCAUACAGUGCACCAGUGUGCUCAUCCAGCACGUUAGCUACCAGAUGCGAGCGUACUUCUUUAUACUGCAAUGUACCUAUUAUUGCUAAUGGAAAAGCUGACAAGACAUCCGUCAAACUUACACACAACGUAACCUAUUCGUGCGAUGAAGGCCAUGCGCUGGUGGGAAAUCCGACACCAACUUGCCAAGCUGAUGGAGCACUCACUUCAGUACCUUUCUGUGAUGCCAGAGCUGCACUGACCGGCUAUCAAUAUUGCUCUCGGGUUUCGGCAGUCCUGAAACGGACACACGACAAGUACUUCAAUUUUACAACGGCCAGGGCUGUAUGCCACGGUCAGGGCGGAACGCUUCUUACUCCAGAAACAUACAACUCUCACUGUGCAUCAGAACUGCUCGAUGGUACCUAUCGAGCCUGGCUUGACAAGAUUGUAUUCAGAUCAGCUGGGGAUUAUGCUCAUACCACACGGAUUGGAGGAGAACGUUAUCCCACCAGUUCAUUGGAUACGCCAUUAUACGUUGUGUGCCAGUUCUCUUGUAAUGGUUCACCACAAGGCAAGGAUCACAUCCGUGACAUCACACCGAGCUGUGAUGUCAUCUGUGAUCCUGGAUACGCAUACAAUGUGUCACUCUCCUCACCAAACUCCUUAAAUGGCAACUGCGAGGUUAUAUACUGCGACGUCCCUGCUAUUGCUAAUGGAACAGCCAACAGGACUUCCGUCAGAUUCAAACACAAUGUACCCUACUCAUGCGAUGGUGGCCUCCCGCUGGUGGGAAAUCCGACGCCAAGUUGCGAAGCUGAUGGAAAACUCAGUUCAGUACCUUACUGCGAUGCCAAUGCUACGCUGAAAGGUUACCAAUACUGCUCUGGCAUGUCAUCAGUACUAAAACGAACGGACGAAAACAAGUACUUCAAUUUUACAACGGCCAAGGCAGUUUGCCAGGGUCAGGGUGGCCAACUUCUUACUCCAACAGCCUACAAUUCCGGUUGCACAUCAGAACUCCUCUCCGGAAGCCGCCAAGCCUGGAUCGACGUGAUUUCACUCAGACCAUCGGGAAAUGAUGCUCAAACCACACAGAUCGGAGGAGAGCGCAGUCUCGCCAGUUCAGUGAAAGAGCAAUUGCACGCCGUGUGUGAAUUCCCUUGUCAUCGUUCCGCUCCGGAUCAAGAUCGCAUUGUUAGCAUAUCAGCGAGCGGUGUUGUCACGUGUGACCCUGGCUACUCGUACAGUGCAAGAGCGUGCACAUCCAGCUUGUUCUUAGGCAAAUGCGAGGGUAUAUACUGCGAUGUACCUGUUAUUGCUAAUGGAACAGCCGACAAGACGUCUGUCAGAUUUACACACGAUGUAACAUAUUCGUGCAAUGAUGGCCUCCCGCUGGUGGGAAAUCCGACGCCAAGUUGCCAAGCUGAUGGAACGCUCACUUCAGUACCUUUCUGCGAUGCCAGUGCUACACUGACCGGUAACCGAUAUUGCCCUCAGGCGUCGUUAGUCCUCAAACGGACACGUGACUCCAAGUACUUCAACUUUACAAUGGCCAGGGCGAUAUGCCAGGGUCAGGGUGGUAAGGUUCUUUCUCGCGACGCCUACAGGUCUGGCUGUACAUCAGAACUCUUCCCUGGUGAUGGCACCUAUCAAGCCUGGAUUGACACCCUGCCGUCCAGAUCACCGGGAAUCAGCGCUCAUACCACACCGAAAGGAAGGAAUCUCCAUCCCAGCCGUUCAGUGGGCACGCCAUUACAGGUCGUGUGCGAAUUCCCUUGCCAUCGUUCAGCUCAAGUUCAAGAUCACAUCCGUAGCAUAUCAACAGGUGGUGUUGUCACAUGUGAUACUGGAUAUUCAUACAGUGCACCAGUGUGCUCCUCCAGCAUGUCGAUUGGAAAAUGCCAGGUUGUAUACUGCGAUGUGCCUGCUAUUGCUAAUGGAACAGCCGACAAGACAUCCGUCAGAUUUACACAUAGUGUAACCUAUUCGUGCGAUGAGGAGCACGUGCUCGUGGGAAGUUCAACGGCAAGAUGCCAAGCUGAUGGAACCCUCACUUCAGUCGCUUUCUGCGAGGCCCCUAUUUGCGAUGUACCUGUUAUUGCUAAUGGAGCAGCCAACAAAGAAUCUGUCAGAUUUACACACAAUGUAACCUUUUCGUGCAAUGAUGGCCACCCGCUCGUGGGAAUUGCGACACCAAAAUGCCAAGCUGAUGGAACACUCACUUCAGUACCUUUCUGUGAUGCCGAUGCUGCACUGACCGGCUACCAAUAUUGCUCUCAGGUUUCGGCAGUCCUGAAACGGACACAUGACUAUAAGUACUUCAAUUACACAACGGCCAAGGCAGUGUGCCACGGUCAGGGUGGAAAACUGCUUAGCGCAGCUGCAUACUCUCAUGGCUGCACAUCAGAACUCUUUCCUCGCACUGGUCUCUAUCAAGCCUGGAUUGGUGAUACUCCGUUCGGAUCACCUGGAAGUUAUGCUUAUAUCACACCGAAAGAAGGGGACCGCUUGUCCACCAGUUUCAACUUAAACACGCCACUAUACGUCGUGUGCGAAUUCCCUUGUCGUCGUUCAUCUCAAGGACAAGAUCACAUCCGUAGCAUAUCAACAGGUGGUGUUGUCACAUGUGAUUUUGGAUAUUCAUACAGUGAUCCAGUGUGCUCAUCCAGCACACAUAUUGACAAAUGCCAGGUGCCCCCUACAACCAUUCCAACCACCACGCCAGCAACAACCGCCCGCAAAAAUCUAGGAAACACUGCUGGCAGACCUACUACACGAGGGGACAGUUCGGCUGAAUCAGAUAGCGGUCCCAGCGAUCCUGAGACAAAGAGCCAUACACCGACAGAAGAGAACAAUGGUACACAGAGCCACAAUGUUAAAACCAAAGCUGCAAUCGCCGCCAGUCCUGUCGACGAGACUGGGGCAUCAGACGACAAAAGUACCAGUGGGAAAAACUCGAAUGCCAAACCGGUUUCUGGUACCACCCUGCAAGGUGAAGGUUCGCCUACUUCAAAUAGUGGUUCCUCUAAUCCCGAUAAGAAGUGGAAUACCCCGACAGGAAAGGGCAAUGGUGCACAGAGCCAAAGUGUUAGCACUAAUGCUCCAAUCGCCUCGAGACCUCAAGACAAGACUGAAACAUCCGGUGGCAAAAAUACCAGCAGGCACAACUAUAUUGUAACACGCAUGCCUAGUCCCAAGACUGAAGGUGAAGGUCCGGCUGCUAUAUAUGGCGGUUCGUCUAAUCCCGAAAACAAGAGGGACACGCCGAUGACGAAGAUCAAAAGUGUAAAUAGCCAAGGAGCCGUCUUUCAUUCAAUAGCCUUAAAUCCUCAGGAGAAGACUGAAUCAUCAGUAGACAAGAGUACCAGCAGACACAACACUAACGGUGCACCCGUUUCUAGUAUCCCUCCUGAGAUCAAGAGUGAUGCACCGAUAAACAAGACCAAUAGUGCAAAGAACCAAAGUGUUGCGCUUAUUGUCCCAAUGGCCUUGAAUCCUCAUGAUGAGAAUGACACGUUGGACGACGAGAGCGCCAACGGAGACAACUCCAAUGUCUCGUUCGCUGCUCUGACAACCUCCGAAUCGUCCGCACGAUUUAUCACUGAAAGUUCUCGCAGAAAGGGCGCCAAUGGUGAUGGCAAUGGUGAUGAUGACAACGACAGCUUUGUGCUUCUUUUCUCGCCGCUGAUUUUCGCUGGCUGCGCGGUCCUUGCUUUCAUCGGAUUCAUGGUGCGACGGAAUCGCUUGCGGAGAGAAGAAGCUUACAAGAUGGAAUUGGAAGACUUUGAAGACGCAUUCCAAAAUCCCAAAAACUUGGAUGAAAUGAACAAAGCGGAAGAGGCAGACCAGACACAGAACCAGGCACAGCCGAAGAGUGAACUAGCAGACGAGCACAUCACAGCGCCACAAUCUGAUCGCUCUAGCACAAGUAACCCGCACGCCCAGGAAGUCCCUCAUAUACAGGUGGGACAAUUGCCAGUGUUCUUGCCAGAGGAUGUGUCCGUUAUGGAACAGGACAUCGACGCGCUUGCCCAUAUGCUCGGGUCGCCCCUUCCACCCAGGCUGGCACAGUCCCAUUCCACUGGGAGCGCUUAUGGCUCGCAGUGGUCCGUGGCAGAUGAGUUGCAGCUUUCCGGUCGGGACCAUGGAUGCGCUUUGCCUAGCAGCAGCACUGGUAUGUCCGUCAGUCAACCUUCUGCCGCUGAGAUUAGCAAGCGCUUACACCUUGAGCAACAUGGUGCAAGUGGGCACAAAUCCCAACCGCAGUGUUUCAGUGUGGCAGAUCUCACACAGGCCCUGGCCCAUAGGGCUGGGACCCACCAGGGCUUGCACACACUGCCGGUCAAACAGCGCAUGCUUGGAUCAAGAGGCCUGUCCAAGUCGAAUUCAAACGCCAGCGUUCACAGCGCCCGUACGUUUGUAGCAGACAGUAUGCAAGACACAGUCGCCGGAUAUCUCAAGGGUGCGGUCAGUAGCAUUGCUCGUGGCGACAGCUUCCGAAGCACGGCUAGCUUCAAUUCUCCCACCACAACACUGAGCCAAUCCCAGGACCUAGCUCCUAACAGCUACCAGACCUUCACGGUGGAUGCCAUUUCGCAAACCGAGUCCUUCUACGACGAUGUGAUGGCAGACGAGGUUCCGAGGAGUCCGUCCGAGAAGAAGAAGAAGGGAUCCAAGAAACAGGCUGCCCACGCUGCAACUGGCCUAGAUCAGGCAUUGGAACCCAGGGGUAACGUUGAGCCAUCCUUUCCCGCCGAUACUGUCGGCUAUGAUGAAGUAGAAUGCCAGGCAAGUAUGAGUAGCUACGGUACAGUGACCCGAACAGCUGGCUUCGACCGACCACGAAUGAGCAGGGCAUCCGGAAUCGAACGCCACCAAUCAGAGCUCGUCGGGCAAGUCGAUAAGCGGGGAGAAGCCCAGGUCGCCCUUAGCCUACCUGUACAGUCAGAUCUGGUCAUGGAGAUUGACGACAAGGAGUACGAGCCCCUGACUCCCUACCAGCUGGCAGCUGCUGCCGCAGCCUCGGCCAGUCGCGAAAAAUCCGCACAGCGUGCACAGGCAACUUUAAGCCGUGGUCUAAAAUAA